AUGGAGAAGAUCCCCAGGUACCUGGAAGUGCACAGGGCGCAGAGGCCGGAGGGAGAGUGGAUGGUGGCUCCAGGCAUCUGGGCUCCUGGAGGACAUGAGGGCCUGAAAGUCCUGCAUGAGGUUGGGCAGCAGGACCCUGAGUCCCUGGUGGAGGGAAGGGCGGGGGAUGGGAAGCAAGGGGCCGGGCCCCAGAAACUGGGCUUGAACUGGACCAUGCCACAGGAGUUUAUGAUCCUGGGUUUCUCCAGGUGGCCCCCAGGGCUCUGGCUGCUACUCUUUGCCUUCCUCCUGCCACUCUAUCUGGCCAUGCUGGUGGGAAACCCACUCAUCCUGGGCCUGGCCAUCAUGGACCCCACCCUGCACACCCCCAUGUACUUCUUUCUGGGGGCACUGUCUGCCAUAGAGGUGGCCUACAUGCUGGUGUUGACUCCAUGCAUGCUUGCCGGCUUCCUCCUGCCUCCUGGGGGCCAGGCGGUGGCCCCCUCCACCUGUACUGCCCAGAUGGGCCUUUUUAUGGCACUGGGAGGCUCUGAAUGCCUGCUGCUGGCUGCCAUGGCCCUGGACCGAUACCUGGCCAUCUGCCACCCUCUCUACUACCCUCAGCUCAUUAACACGGGGCUCUGCUGGUGCCUCCUCACCUCCUGCUGCCUAGGGGGCUCUCUCCUGGCCUUGGGCCUCACCAGUGCCAUAUUCCAGCUGCCCUUCUGCCAUGGCGGCUUGGUGAACCAUGUUUUCUGUGUCCUCCCAGUGGUGUUGGCGCUGGCCUGUGGGAACCGUGACCUGCAAGAGCAUGUCCUGCUGGCAGCUUGCCUUCUCCUGCUGGUGCUGCCACAGGCCCUUAUCCUGCUUUCCUACACUCUGGUGCUGGUGGUCAUCCUGGGAGUUGGCAGGGCUGCAGGCCGCUGCAAGGCCUUCCACACAGUGACAUCCCAUCUCUCCAUGGCUGUGCUCCACUACGGCUGUGCCACGGCCAUGUACGCCAGACCCUUGAGCAGCCUCUCCCUCGAGGAGGACAAGCUGGUCUCACUUGUCUACAUCAACCUCACACCACUGAACUACCCGGCCAUCUGCAUGCUACGCAACCGGGACAUGCAGGGUGCACUGCAGCGGGUUGUCAGCCGCAGGACACCAGGGACCAUCCACUAAGCUGAUUUCACCUAG